AUAAAGACUCCCCACAUCAAGGAUCUUUAAGAUGUUGGCACCCCAGCAUUCGGUUCUGGUUUUAAGCUGAGUCACGCAUGGAGCCAAAAACUGAAACAACUAUUGUGCAGUAGAGCAUCAAAUGAAGCUCAGUAAUGGCGCUAAUGGCAACCAGAACAAAGCUCUUUAGGCUGCUGACGACUCUCACCACGAAAGCACCAAUUUUGGGAUCUGGGUCUUGCUCCAAUGGCGUUAAGGGACCGGUUCGGGUCGACCGGGGAGGUGGGCUCGGGUUGACGGCCUAUUCGACCUCUGCUGUGGCACAGCAAGAGCCAGGGGUCGUUGGGUCGAGGCACAUGGGUUUGGAGAUAUUGGGUGUGAAAGAUUAUGAAGAUUAUAGGAGGUCUCUUUAUGGUGAAAUCACCCACAAGGCUCUGCUUGUUGAUGCUGUUGGCACCCUUGUUGUUCCUUCCCAGCCAAUGGCUCAGAUAUAUAGGAAGAUAGGCGAGAAGUAUGGAGUGGAGUACUCAGAGGCUGAGAUUUUGAACAGAUACAGAAGGGCUUACGAGCAGCCUUGGGGUAGAUCUCGUCUCAGGUAUGUAAAUGAUGGGAGACCCUUCUGGCAAUAUAUAGUCAGUUCUUCCACUGGCUGUUCAGAUUCCCAGUACUUUGAAGAACUUUAUAACUACUAUACAACUAACAAGGCUUGGCACCUCUGUGAUCCUGAUGCUGAGAAAGUGUUUCAAGCUCUGAGAAAAGCAGGCGUCAAAGUAGCUGUUGUGUCAAAUUUUGAUACUCGAUUAAGACCUCUUUUGCAGGCUCUAAAUUGUGAACAUUGGUUUGAUGCGGUAGCAGUAUCAGCCGAAGUUGAAGCAGAGAAGCCAAAUCCAACAAUAUUUCUUAAAGCUUGUGAAUUAUUAGGAGUAAAACCUGAGGAUGCAGUGCAUGUGGGAGAUGAUCGUAGGAAUGAUAUAUGGGGUGCCAGAGAUGCAGGCUGUGAUGCUUGGCUUUGGGGAAGUGAUGUUCACUCCUUUAAGGAGUUUAACACUCUUCCUCAUUUGGUGGCCCGACAUGAAUUUGAUUGGAGUUUAGUCCAAGCCGGUCCUUAUGAGUUCCACCCCUAUAGAUAAGACUUGUGGCUCAGAGGGUAGGGGUCCAAGUUUAAAAUGAUGUCUCAUGCAACAUGAAUGGUGCUCUCUCUGUACAGGUUUCUUUAGCUCCAAUGGGGGCGUUAUGUAUAUUUGUGCUUUGUUGUAAUCUGUAUAAGACGUGAGGCUAGAACGCUAACUUGAAACAUAAAGAGAAAAUAAUGUAAGACAUCUAUGGCUUUUUUUGUUUGUUUGUGUGUGAGUGAAAAUGGUGUGCAAUUUCUAUA